GUUGGAAGUCUAGCGCGAAGGCCUCGAAGCUCUCUCGGCCGCGCCGGCCCACCACCCGGCUCGAAGCGAUGCUUCCGGCGCUGCGGCCUGGCCGCCGGCUCCCGGUCUCGUCCCUCCGCCGCCUCUUCUCCUCCGCCGCCGGCGAGGGCGGUUCCCCGGUCGAUGCCGAGGCCGCGGCCGCGGCCGCGGCGAAGGCCCGCGCGGAGGCGGCGGCGCGGGCUCGGAUGGAGGCGUACAAGCAAGUCCAAAACUUCGACUGGAGCAGCGGCGCCGACUGGAAGACCGCCGCCAACAUCCUCUUCACCGUGCCCCCCAAGCGGAAGGAGUUCGGGCUUGAUUUCCACCUUGUGCAGCUCUUCUUUGUCUGCAUGCCCUCACUAGCUGUCUAUUUGGUGGCACAAUAUGCACGGAGGGAGAUCAAAAGGAUGGAGGCAGAAGCAGAAGAGAAAAGGAAAAAAGAUGAGGAACUUGAGAAACAAAAACAGCUUGAGGAGGAAUCUACUAAGGAAGAUUCUGACUCAAAGCUUUCAAAGGUAUUUGACAGGCUAGAUACACUUGAGGGGGUCGUAAAGGAAAUUGUGGAUGACAAAAUGAAAGUUCCUUCUGCUGAUUUACACACCAAAGAGGGGGUUCCGGAAAAAGAUGAAGCAUCUCCGAGCAAGGCUUCCAAUUUGAAAAGCAGCGCAAGUGAUACUCAGCCGGCGACAGUCAAGAGUAAGGACACCAAUCGUGCUCCCAAUGCUCCAGCAAAUACCGCACAGCCAAACAGUAAGGGGAAUCAAGAUAAGGCAUCUUCUACUGGGUCCAAGAGCUGACAAUUCAUGUUUUUUCUUGGGUUUCUUAUAGCUGUCACUGUUGUAGGCAUCAGUCAAAUUGCUGCUUCUUUUUCCCCUUUAUCUUUUGAAUCAGUGAAAGAGAGAGAGUAACUGAUAACGUGGUUACGAGGUUCUUGGCAGGUGGGAAUCCUUUUGAGGUUUGUAGCAAGGAGUCUUCACAAGUCACAACCUCAUGUACGGUGGGCCUUCGGAGAGUUACAGUGGGCUAACUUUUUGUAGCUUGAGGUCUGUUAGUCUUAACCGUGGCAGAUCUUUCUGCUUACUCUUUUGUACUAACUAUGAAGAAGCAAAUAUAUAUUGAAAUAAAAGAAGCAAAUGUACUUGUUUGCAACU